AUGAAACAGAAACAAAACUUAUCGGUGAACUUAAACGGAUUCUAUCUCGCCUUUAAGGAGAGUCUUGUCUCUUGCAAAACGAGAGAAAGCGCGAACGUGAUGGUGUUUACCAUGAACGGAACAGACGGCAUGGGGACCUUGGCGUGUCUCGAGGAUUUAGGACAUAAACACGUGGAGACGUUACGAAUAGAUUUCGUGCCGUACACGGAGAGAGAGAUUCAAGAGCGAGUGCAAUUGGAAUACAGGGAGAUGGCGAAGACGCUGUACGGGGAAGAGGAAGAAUACGCGGCGCCGUUUGCCGCGCCCAGGCGGCGGUAA